AUAUCUACGCUGGUUCGAUUCCUUAACAUCACCAAACUGCUUUUGUUGUCUGAAACUUUAGAAAUCAACUUCUACUUUAGGUUUUGUCAUUAGGGUUCUUGAUGAAGUUCGAAAAAUAUUGAGCUUUAAUAAGAAAUUUGUUCUCCCUCUUUUUCUUCUUGUUAAUUCGACCGUGUUUGAUUUAUUUGUGAGUCACAGUAUGUCAGGAGAAGAGGAAGAGAAUGCUGCCGAGCUCAAAAUCGGAGAUGAUUUUUUGAAAGCCAAGUGCUUGAUGAAUUGUGAAGUUGCUUUAAUUCUUGAGCAUAAGUAUGAGCAGCUUCAACAGAUGUCUGAUGAUCCUAUGAAUCAAGUAUCCCAAGUAUUUGAGAAAUCACUGCAGUAUGUGAAACGCUUUAGCCGCUAUAAAAAUCCCGAUGCUGUCAGACAAGUUCGAGAAAUUCUUAGCCGAUACCAGUUGGCUGAAUUUGAGCUUUGUGUUCUUGGCAACCUUUGCCCAGAAACAGUCGAGGAAGCUAUUGCCAUGGUACCUUCUAUCAAGACCAAAGGCCGAGCUCACGAUGAUGAAGCAAUUGAGAAAAUGUUGAAUGACCUGUCAUUGAUCAAGAAAUUUGAAUAGGGGCUACAAUAUCCCCUUCCUUUUCAAUCUGGAUGAUUGUCAUCUAAAUGUUCAAGGCUUUUUCGCUUGCAAGAAUGAGAGUGGUUUAAGCUGUUGAUGGCUAUCAAUAUCGUUCUAAAUUUCAUCUGAGCCAAAUGGUUUAUACAUCAGUCCUUAUGGCCAUGUACUGUGAUACUGCUCUCACGUGACAUUUGGUAAUUACUUGCACUUGAUAUCAACUGCCUAUUCGAAUGUUACAGUUCAGUCUUUGUUUUGACCCGUUUAUAAAUAGCUAUAUGAUUUAAGACAAA